AUGGAAUAAUUAGUGAGGAAAACAAAGGAAGGCUAUUUCGAUCAAUUGCUCAAGAGAGUACUCAGAAAAACCCAAGAACCCUAACAUUAAAUAUCAUUGAAGGAAGCUCAAGCAAUAGUGAACACAGCUUCUCGAUCGUCAGACUUGUAGCAAAUUAAAGAAUUGGGAUUCAAGGAUUUUGUUGGCUACUUGCAAUCUAUAAAGGAUGUUUAUAUCGAGUAUAGAAAAUUUCAAAAACAAGUGCAAACUCCAGAUAUUCCUGAUGAUUUAGAUGAAAUGGUUUUAGGGUGUUACAAUACAGUGCCUGCAUAUUUUUUUGAUUAGCCGUUCCGAUUCAAUUAUCAACUAUUCUCAUUGGGCAAGGAUAAAAUUAAUCUGUAUUUAGAGGAGAUCAAGGAUCAUUUAGAUGAUGUAGAGAUUACCCUAUUCUUCUAAAUUAAUUCUCGCUUUGAUAAGUUUCUUAGUGUAAUAUUAAAUUUGAAUGAGAUGAAUUAAAUCAUAGAUCAGAAUAUUAAAAAAGUCAAGCGAAUACGUGAGAUUUAUAGUGUAACUAGAGAGCACAUGAUAAAAAAAAGUACUGAAAUCACAAAGAAGAAACAAACAAUUGAAAAAGUUGAAAACAUUUUAUUCACUCUUAAACGUAUUUAGUCGAUUUAAAAGAGUUUCAUUACAUUAACAGAACUUAUCAAUACUAAGAAAUAUUCCUAAGCAGUAUAAUUGCUUAAAGUAAGUGAAUAGACAUAUUAAACUAUUAAAUCAAUAACAAGUUUAAAGUUCAUACCUUAAAAGUUGGAACUUCUACAAAAGAAUCUAUACACAACAAUUUUGAAUCAUCUUCUAUCAAUAAUGCUUACUCAAAUGACAUCAUUAUUAACACCAAACAAAUAACUCAUUAAUUAAUUAAAUCAUUAAUUGAAUGAUCAUGAUGAUUCUGUGCUCGCCAAUUCUUAUGUAAAUGAUAGUUGGUUUGAAUAAUAACAGUAAUAAAUCAUAUCCAUAAAUAAACAAUCUGAUGAUAGCUUUAUCAAAACUCUUUUAUCUUCCUCAGGUAUCAUUGAUAUGGGUGAUAAAAUAUUUAAAUAAAAGGUUCUGGAGGAAUUACAAGGAUAUUACUAGGAGUUUCUUAUUGCAUUAAAGAAUUUCUUCAAUUAAGAGGAAUCCUAAUAAUAAAGUAAAUUCGAUGAGUAAUCUAUGAUGGAAUAACUAUCUUAAUACAUGGAAGAACAACCUUUAAGUAUUUUUAUCAAAAUUGUUUAAUUCUUUUCUGAAAAUUUAAAAAAGACAAUUAAUCUCUAAAUUGCACUUGCACAAUCUAUUGCCAAAAAUGUAUUGGAUCAACCCAAACACAUGGAAAUAAUCGAUGAGCACUUUUCUAUUCCUGUUGCUAUGCUCAAAUUUGCUAAUGAAAAGGUCGCCUUACUGUUGUCAUCUAAGAGGGUUGCAUCUGAAUCUUCAGUUAAGGAUUUUAUCGAUCUACUUUAAAUAUAUAAGUUUUGGGAUUAAUUUUUGUUAUAGGAAAUGUCUAGAAUUAAUGAUGAUUUACAAAUCAAUGAUAAAAUAAUGUAAAAAAUUAGAGGAUAAUAUUAGAAAUGUUCUAUCAAUCAAUUAAUUUAUAUGAGAAGUGCUUAGGAAAAGCAAUAUCUCUAAAAUUUUCAUAAAGAGAAGAAAACACAAUUGAAUAAAUAUCUAGAGAAUGAAACUUGGUUGGCAUCAGAUGUAUCCUUUGACAAUUACGAAAUAAUUACUUAUUUGUUGGAUCUAGAAGACUUGAAAUAAGUUGAAUAGUUAGAUGAGAGUGUUCUUCUUAAUAAUAGUACAAUGGCUGGGAAGAACCUAUUGCCUUCCUAUGUGAAUAAUUCACAUUUCAAAAUAAUUAAAACUGAAAUUAUCAUCUUAAAGGACAAUUCCAAAUAUAAAGUAACGCAAGCAUUCUUAUUCUUUUUAUAAGCUAUAAGUCAAUAUUUGCAUUUAUUUGAGUCAUACUCAGUUAUCAAUUAUGAAUAAGCUUAAAAGUUGGUAGAAUUAAUAAAAUCUUAUAAUUCUUUAGCCACCUAAUAUAUUUUGGGGGCAGGAGCGGUUCAUUUUGGUAAAAUAUCGACAAUUACAGCUAAGAAUUUAGCAAUAUCAUCAAUAUGUUUGAGACUUUUCCUAUACUUAUUAGAUCCCUUAUCAAAUAAAUUGUUCAAAGUAAUUAAUCAAUAGUAACAAACAGAAUUUACUAACCUACAAUAAAUCCAGAAUGACUUUGCCACAAUCAAAGUGGACUAUGAAAAUCAUAAUGCUGAAGUAAUGGCCAAACUCACCACCAUAGUUUAGGAUAGAUUUUAUAAGCAUUUCGAAGACAUUGCCAAAUUAGAUUGGAAUGAUUCUUAAACAAAAAUUACUGUUCCCACUAAGAUGACUAAUCAAAUCUGUUAGAAUACUCGGUCUCUAUAUGUCGCCAUUGAGGAUAUUAUCACAAAGGAGGAUCUUUGCAAAGUGUUUGGACAUAUUGUAUCGAUCCUCAAUUCAGAAUUUGUAAAGAUAUUCAAGUAGCUAAAUAUAACAUCUAAAAUUGGAUUUACGAGGAUCAAAGAAGAGUUGGACUAUUUUAUGAAUUCUUUAAAGGACAUAGGACAGUUGCCUUAAUUGUUGGCUGAUUAAUAUAAAAGUAUUGAGUCAGACAUUACAACGGUGAUAGAGAGUAAACAAUAAUGA